CAAAACCAAGAGGCAAGCAAUAUUUACGAUGUCUACCGUCAGUUCGCAGGAAAGGAAAUGCGGAUAUGAAAUAGACUUAAAAGUAGAAUCUUUGGCUGGAGACGCACACUUCCGUUUAGAGAACGUACUGACCACGAGACAUCUUCCUGUUCUGCCGAAGCAUGUGGCGACCAAUGAAGAAAUAAAGAAAUGGCCACACCUUAAAGAUCUUACCCUAAGAGAAAUCGACAGAAGAAGGGUAACCAUCCUCAUCGGUAGCGACCGUCCAGAUAUUAUAGGGAAAGAACUGGAUAGAAGAGAAGGUGGUAAGGGAGAGCCUUUUGCGGUGAAAACCCCCUUCGGUUGGACUGUCUAUGGACCUAUAGUAGAAUCUACAACGCGCACCAGCGAUCAAGGACUUAGAUUUAGCGUCAGAAAGUCUACCUGUAGAUAGAGCCCUGGGAAUCCACUGGGACGUAGAACAAGAUACCUUUAACUUAGUUACGAGUAGCAAGGCACAUCCGGAGAAUCGAAAGGGCGUCCUGUCAUCAGUUGCAACUGUUUAUGAUCCCCUCGGGAUUGCAAGCCCUCUUCUCCUACCUGGUAGAGAAAUAAAUCAAGAACUUUGCCAUAGGAGAUAUGACUGGGACGAGAAUCUCCCACCAGAUAUACUUGCCAGUUGGAUAGAAUGGAAAAAAGGACUUGCAAGUUUGAAAGAUCUAAGUAUUCCACGUUGCUUCAAACCAAAGAACUUUGGUACUGUAGUGAGGGCGGAGCUCCACCAUUUUGCCGACGCUUCACAAGAACAUGGUUACGGAACGGUUUCCUACCUGAGACUGAUAAACAAAAGAGGUCAGAUUCAUUGUAGCUUUGUGAUGGGAAAGUCUCGUGUUAGACCUUUGAAGAGCACAAUGACCGUACCCAAGCUGGAACUUACAGCCGCAACCCUGCUUGUUCAGAUGAAUAAGUUGAUUGUCAGAGCGUUGCAAAGAAGACUCAGGAUCGACAACGUCAGUUAUUGGACAGAUUCUGUUAUCGUUCUUAGAUACAUCUUCAAUGAAGUGAGAAGAUUUACCACCUUCGUCGCAAAUCGUGUUGCCAUUAUUCGACAAGAAUCGGUUCCAGAACAGUGGAAACACGUAAGAUCCGAGCUUAAUCCAGCUGAUUAUGCUUCAAGAGGGAUCAAGGCAACAGAAUCAAGAAAGCUGCAGAUAUGGAGACAAGGACCAGAGAUUUUGUGGACGGAAGAAGAAGAAUGGCCUCCACAGCCACCAGAGAUAUCGGCAACAUUGUCAGAAACGGAUGAAGGAGUUAAGAAGGAGAAAGUGACAGUCGGAGCAACGACGCUGCAGAAGGACUUUUGGGACUCACUGUUUCGCAAGUACUCGACCUGGAACAGGCUAAGAAGAGCAGUUGCAUGGCUCAUCAGAGCUGUUCGUAAGUUGAUUGAAGCUUGGCCGCGUAAAGCUGAGCGCGACAACGCCAAGAGCUUGCGACCCAGUCAGGAGAUUCAUCCAGAAGGAGUCGUUCUUAAACACUCAAGACAGUGAAGUAGGAAUCUUGAGCAAGGAAGUUAAGGAACGAUUCAUCCACCUGAAGCCAAUUUUAGAAGACGGAGUGAUUCGGGUAGGAGGGAGAUUAGAUCGUUCAUAUCUGUCCUAUGAUGCGAAGCAUCCCAUCAUCUUGCCUGGAAA